CCAAGCGUAUUUCUUAUCAACGCCGCAGUUUUCAGUUUAUUUUUAUUUUAUCACAAAAUAACCACUUGCGCGGAGUCCGGCAGUGUGACCUAAUCCCCCGAGUUGCUUUCGAUAUAUCGAUAUAUAUCGGCGAUUGUUCCCAUUCAAAGAACUGUUCGCGCUACCGCCACAAAAUUGUAAAAAUGAGGCGCAGCUUGGCGCCCAGCCAAAGGAUCGGACAACCUGCCGCGUCGCGCAACGCUUUUACCCCGCCACUACUCCAGAAGAAGAACAAACGGGCCUGUCAGAAGGAUCUGCGACUGGACACAGAUACGGAUGCGGACGAGGAGAGCAAGCGGUUCGGGCUUCGCGAUGCCACCAACUCAGACAUUCCCCUGCCCAUUCGGUUCACGGCAAACAGUCCCUACGAGCUAGCCAUCGCCCAGGUGCUGGCCAGAAAGUUCAAGGUUCCCAUUGACAACUAUGUGCCCGAUUACGGAGGAAAUCGCUGCCUGGGCGUACGCCGCCAAGUCGUCCGGCGCCCUCUUCACGAUCCGCAGGCCUGCAACGCCCUGGUACUCUUCCAACCUCCCAACUACACAGAGCACCAGCGGAUGUCCAUGGACCCGAGCAAGGUGCUCGUCCACGUUGUGGUGGAUCCGUUGCUGAGCAACAUCCUGCGACCGCAUCAGCGCGAGGGCGUGCGCUUUAUGUAUGAAUGUGUGGAAGGCAGGAAGGGCGACUUCAACGGGUGCAUCAUGGCCGAUGAAAUGGGCUUGGGAAAGACUCUGCAGUGCGUGACGCUGGUUUGGACACUGUUGCGGCAGGGCCCCGAAAGUAAGCCGACCAUCAACAAGGCAAUAGUCGUGUCGCCCUCAUCCCUGGUGAAGAACUGGGAGAAGGAAUUCACAAAGUGGCUCCAAGGCCGGCUCCUCUGCCUGGCGAUGGAAGGUGGCACCAAAGAGAACACCAUACGCGCCUUAGAACAGUUUUCUAUGACCUCCGCCCGAUUAGGUACUCCCGUCCUGCUCAUCAGUUACGAAACAUUUCGUAUAUACGCCGAGAUCCUUUGCAAAUACGAGGUUGGUAUGGUGAUCUGCGACGAAGGCCACCGGCUGAAGAACAGCGACAAUCUCACCUACCAGGCUCUGAUGGGACUGAAAACGAAGCGGCGUGUUCUCCUGUCGGGAACACCCAUCCAGAACGAUCUCACGGAGUACUUCAGCCUGGUCAACUUUGUAAAUCCCGAAAUGUUGGGCUCGGCGGCUGAUUUCAAGCGUAACUUCGAGAACAGCAUUCUGAGGGGACAGAACGCAGACUCCACCGACGGGGAGCGGAAAAAGGCCAUCGAGAAAACCCAGGAGCUUAUCGGGCUGGUCGAUCAAUGCAUUAUCCGCCGCACAAAUCAGAUUCUCACCAAGUACCUGCCCAUUAAGUUCGAAAUGGUCAUUUGCGUCAAGCUCACCUCCAUUCAGCUCCAGCUCUACACAAAUUUCCUGAAUUCGGACCAGGUGCGACGCAGUCUAGCCGACUGCAACGAAAAGGCCUCGCUGACGGCAUUGGCGGACAUCACCACCUUGAAGAAGAUUUGCAGCCACCCAGAUCUUAUACACUCGAAGAUCGAAGCUAAGGAGAAAGGAUUUGAGAACUCACAGAAUGUGCUGCCUAGUAACUACAAGCCAAAAGAAAUCUGUCCUGAGUGGAGUGGCAAGUUCAUGUUGCUCGACUUCAUGCUGGCUGCUAUCAGAGCCGAUGGCAAUGACAAGGUCGUCCUCAUCUCCAACUACACACAGACACUGGACUUGUUUGAACAGCUAGCCAGAAAAAGAAAGUAUGGCUUUGUGCGACUAGAUGGAACCAUGUCUAUUAAAAAGCGCUCGAAAGUGGUGGACAAGUUCAAUGACCCGGAUUCAGAAUGCUUUCUCUUCAUGCUGAGCAGUAAGGCUGGUGGUUGCGGCUUGAAUCUGAUUGGAGCCAAUCGGCUGUUUAUGUUUGAUCCGGACUGGAAUCCAGCCAACGAUGAGCAAGCCAUGGCCAGAGUGUGGCGUGACGGACAAAAGAAGCCCUGCUACAUUUAUCGGCUAGUAGCGAGCGGCACUAUCGAGGAGAAGAUCCUACAAAGGCAGACCCAUAAAAAGUCAUUGUCCAGCACAAUCAUUGACAACAACGAGUCAUCCGAGAAGCAUUUCACCCGCGAUGAUCUGAAGGAUUUGUUCAGCUUUGAUCAAAAAAUCCUUUCCGACACGCAUGAGAAACUCAAGUGCAAACGUUGUGUCCAAAACAUCCAAACGAAGCCUCCCCCCGAAAGCACGGACUGCACAUCUCACUUGUCGCAAUGGUAUCACUGCUCCAACAAUCGCGGCCUGCCCGACAACAUUCUGGCCCAGGCUUGGACGGACAGCAAAUGCGUCUCCUUUGUUUUCCAUCACCGGUCGCAAGCCAAGGAGGUUGAGGAGAAUCCCGAAUCUACAACUACCGAAGCAGAUCCUGUGGAGGAGGAUCAACCAGUCUGUAAAAAGCGCCCAUCUACACCCCUCAGUGAUGACAGCGCCGAUGAAGAUUUCAUUGGAUUCUAAACAGUUUUCGGUUUAUUUUUUUUUUAUGAACCAGAUUUGCGUUAGCUCUGUAGGAAACUUGAGCUAUUGUCGUUGACUUUCAUUAAAAUUUAAACAAUACAUGUAACAUAUUCCAAGUGGAAUCAUUAGUGGAAUCUGGCAAGCAGCUAAUUGAACCAGAUUAUUCGUUUAUUCUCUUAAAUACUGAUUGAUUUCAGUUAAGUCACCAAUUGUUAAAGACUUUAGUGUAUGUAGAUUUCGAACGCAAUGAAAAAUUAUAUUCAGCAAAAAUAAAACACUAGGCAAUGCUUGGA